UGGGGCCGCUAGGGGGCGUGGCUUGCGGGCGGCUAUAAAGGGGCCGUGGUGCGCGCGCGGCAGGCUUAGUGCGGCCGGGCAGCGGGGUGGGUGCAGUUGUGGGUGCUGUUUGCUUGGGAGGCAGCGGGGAGCGGAGCGGGGCCGCCAGGGCCUCGCCAGGGUCGCAGCUGCAGCAGUGGGGCCCCCCGCCCCGGCCAGCGGCCCGAAGAGAGCAGGAAGUGGGCCGGGGGGACCCGUCCCCGGCCGGCCGCAGUCAUGAAUUCCAACGUGGAGAACUUGCCCCCCCACAUCAUCCGUCUAGUGUACAAAGAGGUGACAACGCUGACUGCGGACCCACCUGAUGGCAUCAAGGUCUUUCCCAACGAGGAGGACCUCACUGACCUGCAGGUCACCAUCGAGGGCCCUGAGGGGACCCCAUAUGCUGGAGGUCUGUUCCGCAUGAAACUCCUGCUGGGGAAGGACUUCCCUGCCUCCCCACCCAAGGGCUACUUCCUGACCAAGAUCUUCCACCCUAACGUGGGUGCCAACGGCGAGAUCUGCGUCAAUGUGCUCAAGAGGGAUUGGACAGCUGAGCUGGGCAUCCGACAUGUGCUACUGACCAUCAAGUGCCUGCUGAUCCACCCCAACCCCGAGUCUGCGCUCAACGAGGAGGCAGGCCGCCUGCUCCUGGAGAACUACGAGGAGUACGCGGCCCGGGCCCGCCUGCUCACAGAGAUCCACGGGGGUGCGGGCGGGCCCAGUGGUGGCAGGGCCCUGGCUGGUGGCGCUGCAGCCUCCUCCACUGACCCUGGGGCCCCCGCGGGGCUGGGAGGGGCCGAGGGUCCCAUGGCCAAGAAACACGCCGGGGAGCGCGAUAAGAAGCUGGCGGCCAAGAAAAAGACCGACAAGAAGCGGGCACUGCGGCGGCUGUAGUGGGGCUCUCCUUCCUCCCACCCUGACCCCACCAUCCUCCCCUGUCCCCUCCUUCCAACCCUGUCUCUAAGUUAUUUAAAUUAUGGCUGGGGUGGGGGAGGGCCUGAGGGGCACUGGGACCUGGAUUUGUUUUUCUAAAUAAAGUUGGAAAAGCA